AUGAGGGUGAAGAAGCGCUCGAGGCACCGCAAGGCGGUCAAGUUCUACUCCACCUGCUUCGGCUUCCGCGAGCCCUACAAGGUGCUCGUGGACGGCACCUUCGUGCACCACCUCCUCGUCCACCAACUCCUCCCCGCCGACGACGCCGUCCGCGACCUCCUCUCCGCCUCCAGGAACACCCCGCUCUUCACCUCCAAGUGCGUCCUCGCCGAGCUCAGGCGCCUCGGCAAGUCCCACGCCCAGGACUUCGACGCCGCCCAGCUACUCGCCACCGCCAGUUGCGAGCAUGAGAAAGUGGUCAGUGCAGUAGAUUGCAUCCUGUCACUUGUAGGUGAAAAGAAUCCGGAGCACUACUUCGUUGCCACCCAGGAUUCUGAUCUCCGGGAGAAAUUACGGGAGAUUCCGGGUGUUCCUGUGAUAUACGGUCUGAAGAACUCCUUGUUUAUUGAGCAACCCUCUGCCCAGCAGCGUAAGUUUGCUCAGCUGGAUGAGGAGAAGCGUAUACAUAUGGAAAAAUCAGAAUUUAAGAAGCUACUCGAGGCAUCAUCUGAGGAGAAGGCAUCUGGUGAUGGAAUCACACCCGGAGUGGCAGAGAAAAGCAAGUUUAAAAGGAACAGAGCAAAGGGCCCAAACCCACUCUCCUGCAAGAAAAAGAAACCAAGACCUCAACCAUCAGAUGCUCAAAAUCAGGGUCCUGCAGCUGAUGGCGAGGCGAAGAGGAAGAGGGUUAGGAAGCGGAAGAGAAGCGGCAAAGACAGCAAUCAAGCAGAGACAUCGAGCUGAUGGAUUGACAAAAUUGCAACCAACAAUGCCAUCACAGCUCCGAUCUGGCUUCAGUCUAUUACAACCACGCCAAGAUUAUCCGUGGAUGGUGUUUCUUCAGAUGUAAUGCGCAAUUGAAUUAUCUCUAGAGGAUUGUAUCUGGAAAUGUUCUACAAAUUAUUAACACUAGUAGUCUGUUCUGAGUUUCCCUGUGAAGUUGAGGCUGUUUUGACUUGUGUAUUUUAUCCCCAGUUUUUAUUUAUAAGUUCAAUCAAGCCA